AUGGAUAUUCAGCGUAUGCGCCGCACCGCCACCACCGGCACCAACAGCCUCAUUGAACUGCCCGAGUACAUCAUCACCACCUUCUUUCCCAGCGCCCGGCCAUUGCUCGACAAGCAUCCCGCCCUCUUCCGCUUUGUCGGCAUCUUGCUGGCGUUAUAUUACUUUGGGCCCGUCACGCGUCUGCAAACCCUCUGGCAGCGCUUCUCGUCUCUGCUGGUUGCCACCGUCACCGUCUCCUCAGACGAAGACCUCUUCAACUAUCUGAGCACUUACAUCGCAGAGAUACGUACUCUGCGUGCCGAUCAACUGCUCAAUGCCACCCUCAACACCCCCAACGAGUUCAUGCCAGGCCGCCGCCGUCGUGCUCCUCACGACAUGGACGUCGAAGAGUCGGCUCGCCGCACCGCCGACCCCAAGAUCAAGUACGAGCAAGGCCAGGGCGUGCAGUUGUUCAUCUACCAACGCCGCCUGUUCUAUGUUUCCCGCAAGUAUGGCGAGGGCCACACCUACUCCGGCAACCGCUACUCCCGCAUCGAAGUCCUCAGCCUCUCGUGCCUAGGCCGCUCCACUGCCCCAAUCAAAGAUUUUCUCGAGUACAUUUACCGCAUGAACAAGGAGAAAGAGCGGUCUCUCACCGUCAUUCGUCGCCCCUAUGACGGCGGAUAUGGCGGCCGCUCGACCUGGUCGCGGCUAACCAGCAAACCCCGCCGUGCUCUGGACACGGUCAUUCUUGAUGCAGGUCAAAAGGAGCAGGUGCUGGCCGACGUGGAGGAGUACAUGGACGAAACCACCAUGAAUUUCUACGCGAGCCACGGUAUUCCCUACCGCAGAGGUUACCUGUUCCAUGGCCCACCGGGCGUGGGAAAGACGUCGUUCGCUUUAGCGCUGGCAAGCAAAUUCAAUCUCGAUGUGUACAAUCUGACAUUGUUGGACCACAAUCUCACCGACUCAGAUCUGGUGUCGCUAUUGAACCAGUUGCCCGGCCGGUCACUGUUGCUGCUGGAGGAUAUCGACACGGCAGGAUUGAGCCGGAAAGGGAAGAACACGACCUCCCGACGUCGGCGCGGCGCAAGGGGAAAACUGCCCGAGGGCGCAGUGGCGAAGAAGAAAGAAAAUAGCAACGAUCUUGACAUUGACAGUGACGACGACGACUCAUCGACGAGCACGAGUCGUGUCACGUUGAGUGGGCUGUUGAAUGCGAUCGACGGAGUCGCUGCUCCAGAGGGACACAUACUAAUCAUGACAACGAAUAAGCCGCACGAUUUGGACGACGCUCUCGUUCGUGCCGGGAGAAUCAGCGUGCGAGUUGGCUUCAAGAACGCGUCGAAGAAACAGGCCGAGGAGAUUUUCCUGAGGAUGUAUGUCGACAUGCCGAGCGGCAGUCAUGUCCAAAACAGGGAAGAUGGUGAAAAGAAGGCGCCUUUGGCCACACCUGGACCGGACACUGCACGGCUCUAUGAGUUGGCGAGAAAGUUUGCCGAUCUGAUUCCAGACCACGACUUUUCGCCGGCCGACUUGCAGGACUAUCUGCUCGUACACAAGAAAGACGCCGAAAAGGCGCUGGUGGAACUGCCUGCGUGGAUGGACGAGGCGUACGAGGAGAGGCGACGCAAAGAAGAAGAGAAGGAAGUCGACCGUGAACUGAGGAAGGAGGCCAAGCUCGAGGAGAGACGGAGAUUUCGGGAAGAAGUCAAGGCGGCGGUAAAAGAAACAAAGGAGGGAAGGGACGAUGACGAAGAAGGAGAAGACGACGACGACGACGACGUCGGGGGUGAUGAUGGUGACAAGGUCGAGCUUGAGCACGCGGAAGAAAAGGAAGCUGAAGAUGCCAAACCCGCAGAAGGAGAAGGGUCGGCUGGGAAUGCCACGCCAUAG